AUGGAAGAAUUUCGUCGUAUACGUGAUCACAUUGCGGUGAAAUGGGCGACGUUUGUGCAAAAGAGACUGGAGUCGAGCAUCAAGCCACUUGAGAACAUCGCGAAAGAGUCGGCGACGGAUGAAACCAAACGCUUGAAAGUCGAAACGGGAGGCAGUUUGGUCGGGAUCGCUGGAACCGCUGCCGUUAUUGGUGCCACGGUGGUAACCGCGCCUGUAGCUAUAUUCGGAACGCUAGUAGCGGUGCCGAUCCUCGCCGGUUUAACUCAAGCUGGCGUUACCAUUCACAGAUUCGCCAAUGGGUCAACGAAAAAGUCGAUCCAAUCGAUUGUGGAUGGCGAUAAGAGAUUGCGGGAGCAACUCUUGCGCGACGUCAAUCAAGAAUUGGCUGCACAGGCCGGAAAUCCCGAAGCACCCGCGGACACAGUGGGAGAAUACGCCAAAUUAGCGGCCAAUGGACUGAUUAUGCCUGGAUGCCGCGCGGCAUUAAUCGGCGUCAAACUAGCUGAGACAACUGUAGCUGGCGUCAGCAUUACGGGGAAAACGGUGGGCCGUGUUUUCGUUGGGGCGAGCGGGCUCGGGUUAAUUGUCGACGCAUACACCUUGGCUUCCUCACUUGUAAAGCUCGGUAAAGACAAGAAAGGAGAACUCCACGAUGGUACCUGCAAGGUGAUUGAAACACUUAAAGCCGAUACGAAAA